AUGUGUAACACUGUCCUUAUACCAUCCUCACGCCCAGCCCUUGCCCCAAGCCCCUCAUCCCCAGCCCUUGCCCCAGACCCCUCAUCCCCAGCCCUUGCCCCAGACCCCCCAACCCCAGCCCUUGCCCAAGACCCCUCAUCCCCAACCCAGCCCUUGCCCCAGACCCCUCAUCCACAGACCUUGCCCCAGACCCCUCAUCCCCAAUCCUCACGCCCAGCCCUUGCCCCAAGCCCCUCAUCCCCAGCCCUUGCCCCAGACCCCUCAUCCCCAGCCCUUGCCCCAGACCCCCCAACCCCAGCCCUUGCCCAAGACCCCUCAUCCCCACCCUUGCCCCAGACCCCUCAUCCACAGCCCUGCCCCAGACCCCCAUCCCAGCCCUUGCCCAGACCCCUCAUCCACAGCCCUUGCCCCAGACCCCUCAUCCCCAGCCCUUGCCCAGACCCCCAGACCCACUUGCCCCAGACCCUCAUCCCAGACCUGCCCCAGACCCCUCAUCCCCCACCCUUACCCAGCCCUUGCCCCAGACCCCUCAUCCACAGCCCUUGCCCAAGACCCCUCAUCCCCAGCCCUUGCCCAAGACCCCUCAUCCACACCCUUGCCCCAGACCCCUCAUCCCCAGCCCUUGCCCCAGAUCCCUCAUCCCCAGCCCUUGCCCAAGACCCCUCAUCCACAGCCCUUGCCCAAGACCCCUCAUCCCCAGCCCUUGCCCAAGACCCCUCAUCCCCAGCCCUUGCCCAAGACCCCUCAUCCACAGCCCUUGCCCAAGACCCCUCAUCCACAGCCCUUGCCCCAGAACCCUCAUCCCCAGCCCUUGCCCCAGACCCCUCAUCCACAGCCCUUGCCCCAGAUCCCUCAUCCACAGCCCCAUUCCCUGCUCCUGAAACCUUCGUUAGUUCUUGCGAGAAAAUAAAUCAUCAUAAUGUUAGUUCAGGGCAGCCAUUGACUUCGCGAUGUGAUAAACUGAACAGAGGUCGAGCUUGGCUCCCUGAAUUACGGUUAUUGUCUGACAUUUUUACAUUUGGAUUUCCAGCGGGUCGUAGAAGUCCACAGGUUGCGUUUGAAGCCAUGAAAUGGAAACGUUUGCCCUUCAGAAUUGACUUCAUGGAUGCAGGUGAAGGUCAGAUGAUGCAAGCCUCCCGUAAUUUCUGUAGCAGUGAAGCGUAG